UUUGCGUUACCUCAGAGACGGACACAGUCAAUGGAGUCAAGCGGUCACGCCAAUGCGAUAAUAUUAGUGACAAACGAGGCCGUGGGCGAUGUAAAGAAGAUUUCUAGUUGAAACAGAGUGCACCGGUCGCAGAUAGAUGUCGCUCGGUCCGCCAUGACCGCGCAGGAAUAGUUUUAUGCUGAAUAACUGGCUCGUUUGUAGCUGACGUGCCGUGUCAACACAAAGGCCUGUGUGGCUAGCUCCUCAGCUAGCUAGUGAGUGAUUUAACGCCAACCUCAGCUGCAGCAAAUUAACAAGGCGUGCCAUUUUUUUAAAUGUUUUAUCAGUAACGCAGUGAAUCUGCUCCGUCGACAAGACAGCGUUUGAGUGUUUUCUUCGCUCCUCCACGAUAAUGGCGGACCAGGGCGCAGUGGUCAUGCAGCAGAAUCUGGACAGGAGCUGCUGGGUGUGCUUCGCCACAGACGAGGACGACCGCACCGCAGAGUGGGUGCGUCCGUGUCGCUGCCGCGGCUCCACCAAGUGGGUCCACCAGGCCUGCCUGCAGCGCUGGGUGGACGAGAAGCAGCGGGGCAACAGCACGGCACGCGUGGCCUGCCCACAGUGCAACGCAGAAUACCUCAUCGUCUUUCCCAAACUGGGGCCUGUAGUCUACGUACUGGACCUGGCUGACCGUCUCAUCUCUAAGGCCGGACCCUUCGCCGCUGCCGGCAUCAUGGUGGGCUCCAUCUAUUGGACUGCUGUCACCUACGGAGCAGUCACAGUCAUGCAGGUGGUGGGCCAUAAGGAGGGCCUGGAUGUUAUGGAGCGGGCCGACCCACUGUUCCUGCUCAUUGGCCUGCCCACCAUCCCCGUCAUGCUGAUCCUUGGCAAGAUGAUCCGCUGGGAGGACUACGUCCUGCGCCUGUGGAGGAAGUACUCUAACAAACUGCAGAUCCUCAACAGCAUCUUCCCAGGGAUUGGCUGCCCAGUUCCUCGUAUCCCAGCAGAGGCCAGCCCCCUGGCGGACCACGUGUCGGCCACACGGAUCCUGUGCGGCGCCCUGGUCUUCCCCACCAUCGCCACCAUCGUGGGGAAGCUCAUGUUCAGCAGUGUCAACUCCAACCUGCAGAGGACCAUCCUGGGAGGCAUCGCCUUUGUGGCCAUCAAGGGGGCGUUUAAGGUGUACUUCAAACAGCAGCAGUACCUGAGGCAAGCCCACCGCAAGAUCCUCAACUUCCCCGAGCAGGAGGAAGCCUGAGGGAGGCGGCGCAGUCCGGAGGGAGGACGGCCGGACGAACCACACACCUCUGCCGGAGGGGUGAGGGGGGGCGGAGGGGGGAGAGGAUACGGACAGAGAGCGCAGGUGAAACAGACUUAGCAUCAGUGUCACCCCCUUAUUCGCCUACUUCCUCCCCCACGCCUCACCUCUCUCGCCCCUCCUGGAGUGAUUCAUGGCACCGCCGCUGACAUUCAUGCAAGGAAUCCCCUCCACCACCUCCACCACCAAAACCUCCGCCACUACACUUUGUUUUUAAACCUUUGAUGCUUUCGUAAGGUGAAGUCGGAUGAAGCCUGCAGACAGACUGGAGCAUGUUUGCAGCACACACACAUACAUCUGUCGGUUGGAUGUGCUUCUACAAUCACAUAACUAAUACUUAUUGUAAACUUACUGUAUUUUAAAGGAAAGAAAUGCGGGGCAUGUGUAUUUAGAAAGUUUUAUAAUAAUAAUAAAUUGUUUUAUAAUGUUUAUUUUGCAGAUUUGAAACGCCCUCAUUGCCAAUGUCGGGGGUUUAUAUUGAAUUAAGAAUAAUGUUCAGUGUGUGGAAUGUAUUAAUGCUAAAACAAUAAAAUGUGUUUAACAGAUGUGAAUCAUGAUGCAGUACAUUACCCACAGCCAGGAAGCGUUAGGAGCAAACUGUUGCUUUAAUAAAGACAAGCGUGUCACACACACUCACCACAGGUAGGAAG